AUGGAUGUACUGGCGAUAGUGUACAUAUACGAGUGUCAUAUUAAAGGUCUGUUUUCUGUGGCUGAACACUUUUGGAAUUUGAAAUAAGACAGGAAAGAAGAGGAGAAAAACGAACUGGUACAAAAGUUCAGUCAAAAAGAACGGGCUCAUGAUUAUUAACAAUUUAGUGAAGUGAAUUGUCAAUCGCCGUCUAUAGUAUCUAUCGUAGCUGUUAUGAUGAGUAGGACUGAAUGAGCAUGUCAUCGGACGAGGAGAAUGACGAACUGCAAGACUUGGAGGCGAUACGCGAUAAGGUUCUUAGCAGCCCACAUAGCAAGCGUAUGCAAGUGAGCGCUUGGGAGGACGACGAUGAUGGUGUAGAAGCAGAACGUAAUGCGAGAGAACCUGAUGCAAAGGCCAUGUUGAACGCUGCUGAAGAGGGAAAUCUGGAAAAUAUUAAGAAUUUAUUGAACAAAAAUCGCCACUUACUCAAUUGUACCGAUAAGGACGGCUAUACUCCGCUUCACAGGGCAUGUUAUGGCAACAAUGUGGAAGUGGUGGAGUAUCUACUUGAAGCAGGGGCUAGAAUAGAUGCUAAAACUCAAGAUGAAUGGCAACCUCUACAUUCUGCAUGCUGUUGGAACAACACAAAAUGCGCCGAAGCUUUAAUCGCAAAUGGAGCAGAUGUUAAUGCAACAAGCAAAGGAGAUCAAACACCUUUACAUUUAAUUGCCGCUAGUUCAUACAACUCUCCUGCUCUCCAGCUUCUUCUCUUACAUCCUGACACAAAUCCCUACCUGGUUAACUCAAGUGGAGACACAGCAGAUCAAAUCGCAAGAAGGACGACCAAAAAUUAUCCCAUGUUUGAAAUAAUUGAACCCUGCCUAAAUGAGAUUUAAGCUCAAAUGAUGCCAGCAUCCUGAAGGAAGCAUGCCGUUUAUCGAAGUUUCGGAGAUCGUUCGAUUUAUCUUAUCGUCCGGUCGAAGUGAAUCACCUGAUCUAAGAUCGAGCCAAGUUUCCAAAACCAGCGAUUCGAACCCAAUGGAUAUCAAAUGUACUACUGAUGUUGGUGUGGGUGUUGACACAGAACCUGCUAUAACUAGAAGAAAAAUCAGACAUCCAUAUUUUUUUUACAAUUUUAUAAAUGCAUCAGAAUAAGAAAUGAAACUUAUUGUUACAAGUAAAUAAAAUUCCCAUAUCUUAAUGAUACAAACAUGCAAAAAAUUAGGAAUAAUAAACAUAAUUGUUUUACAUAA